AUGCCUCAUAAAGCAAGUGCCCAGUACACAUCGUAUCGAACUGUUGAAAAGCACACACUCUUAUUACAGGAACAUCAAAGGCACGAACGACGCAAUUCGAUGGGUCCAGAGAUGCAGAACAUGGGCAUCGAUAGUGGGACCGUUCUUGAGGAGGAACAUGAACAGGGACGACAAAGGCCACUCAGCGAGGCGAGCAGAGAACACAAGAGGAGACAGGGGCAGGGGAACCCUUGUCAACCUGCAAAACGGCCGUCAGGGAUAAUCCCGCUAUUUGUGAGACUCGGUGCUCGGACCCAGUUCAACGGCUUACCCGUUGAACUAUGGGCCUUUCUGACACGCAACGUCUGCAAAAGAAGUGGGUGUGAUGCUACUAAGCGUCAACUUUAUUGGCCCAAGAACAUGGACGCGGCUUUAAUCGCGACACGAUGCGACUCUGCUAAGCCUUCAAACUCGAUCAAUUAUCUCAAGUUACAAUGA